AUCUUAUAAGUAGUAGUGAUGUUGCAAUCAGUUUGGCUUUACACCACGACAGCAAUCUCAAACACUUUUGGCUUUAACAGUUGAAUUAGGUAUUUUAGCUGUCUUGUGCAUAGUCKUAGUACUGUUUUGAAUGCAAAUAUCGGUCUGUGAAGGAAUGGCGAGCGAGGAUGAUGAURCUCCUUCGAAAMUUAGUCUUGUGGGUUACCUGGUKCGYUCAAAGAAAUUCCGAAUACCGAAAAACUGGCCAAAAAAUCCUYAAACUUGCUUAAAGCAAAUGGAAAUGUUGAAAGAAGUUGAAUUACUUCAAAACAUUCAAGUACAAAAAUCCCUGAAGUCACUUAUGAAAGAACUUGACAUAGAGAAAAGACAGUCUAUCGGUGGGUUACAUAGCGCAAGACAAUACCAACAGGAAAUAAAGCGACAAAAAUGUCACGAGAAUGUACAAAGAAUUAGAAAAUUACAGCAAAAUAGCAAAGAUUCAACUCUACAUCUUGAUAAAGUACCUAGUAGCUUUACGUAUGUUGAAAAUGAUGCUGAACAAAGUGUGCAAGGUAUGGUUAAAAACAACAAGAAAAACUCUGAAAGAAAUGUAAAGUUCGCAGAUUUACGUGAAAACAAUGAAUUAAUUUUCAGCAAUGGAAGGGGGAAAAAGGUCGAGGUUUCACAGAGCAAAGUUGAACAAAAGCUAAAAUUGCCUUCUUUGGUCAAGCACGAGCUAUCAACUCUUGGAUCCAACCAACAACUCGGCAUACAAGAGAGAAAUGACCUUACAUUUCCAAAACUUGACGGAAAAACAAGUCUGAGUAGCUCUUAUUUAUCGUCUAAGCCAGAUAAACAAAGUCUUCAGUACUGCAUGCCUGUUCUCGACUCACAGAGUAAAUUCUCUAUCAUUAGAACCGCAAGAAUGCUGCGCUUGAAUCGGCGUAAACUCAAGGAUUACAAGGAUGACAGUGAAGUAAGACGAGAAACAAACCUUAGUGUACAUGAAAAUAAAAUAAAACAAGAAAGCAAACCGUUUGAUUUGUUUGCUGACAACUACGAACUUCUUUCUCCACGGUACUUGGUCAGUCAAGGACYYGACCAGGAACCAAUGGAACUACUAGAUAGUGAAUCUUUUGAUGACAUUGAUCGCAAUGAUUUCUUACAGCUCGAAAAUAGAAUUGUUCCUCUUUCUCCUCUCCCUGCUAUUGUCAAAAAUAAACAUAAUGAAAAGCCAUUAACAAAAUUAGAACUUAGACAAGGGUUCCGAUAAUAUAUUAAACCAUUUAUUUAUAAAGUGUGUAAAAGGGCAUUCUUAAAUUAUACUGUAACAUAGUUUUUAUUUUUAUUUUAUUUUUUUGCACGCGUGACGUCAAGACAGGACCACUUAUCCAAUAACAAAUGCAUUAAUAAAUGAUAUCUAUAUCAAUAAUUCAAUCAUUUAUUGUCUUAUUGUCUUCUGAAACGUAAAAAUGACCAUAGU